AUGUCGCGCGCCGAGAGCACCACACCGGACACCGAGAACCAACAGGACGACAGCGGCAACGUCGGAGACAUGCAGAAUAAGCAUUGGGAACCUUUUGCAACAAACUUGUGCGACCAACCGUCCGCACAGGCAGCAUCUGUGCAGGCUCGCCAGAGACGUAGAAUCGCCCAGUUGGAGGAGAAGCUAGAGGCCCUCGAGUCGGGGCGUGCGGUCAAAGAGAAGCAAGCAAACUAUUACACAUCUCAAGGAAGGGCAAUCAGGCGUGUUGUCGUUCUAUUCGAUAACGUCGAGGACCUCGUUGCUGAAAACGAUCGAAGAUAUGAAGAUGAAAAUGAAGAUCAUACUAUCGACCAAGAUCGGCUACAGGCAGGGUAUGUCACCCUCUCAACUACCUUACCGUGGUUGUUCAGGAAGGGGGCGGAAAUGGAGUACGACGAGUACACGCACAUGUUGAAAUUGCUUCGGCAGGGGGCUGACAGUGCUCGAGGUGACGAUACCUCGAAGCUCAAGGCUCUUGUUGCCGAAUGGGUUAAUCGGGAUCUCAAGCCAGAAUUCCCGCUCGAUUCCGACGACAAACAUACCCGUGGAUUCUCCAACGACGCGUGCGGCAGGUUACUCUGCCCUGCCGAACUGGAUUGGAACAACCCAGCGCAAGUAGUACUUUUGAGAUUUCGAGAAAAAUGCUCACUUUUCACCAGGGUGCGGACGGGCAUUCGAGAUCGCUCAGAGGGCUGUAUCGUGACGGAUCUUUCCUUUCCGGCCUACCUGUACGAUAACUAUACUGCCAACCCGGAUGAUCUGGAGGAGGGUUUGUUCAAGAGCAAAAUACUUCUUCAGGGGUACAAAGCCGUGUUCACGUCACCUUCCUCAGCAAAAGAUGUGGAGGGUGAUGGGGAUGGCGCCGAUGUCAUCCAGAACAACAGACGCGCCAAGAAGUCAUUCAACGGAGUUAGUAAGGUCAAAAAACACGUCGCUCAAAUCAUCAAUAUGAGAAAGGUCACUCCUCGCUCGAUCGCGUACAUCGCGUGCCUACUUCGAUUCUCACUUUCUUCAGUGACAUCAUGGCGGUCCAUUGAUGGCGACUUUGACUAUGCUCAAUUCUGGUGUACUAUCGUUGAUUUCUUUGAAAGGCCCCCUGGUCGAGGUGCGCGGCGCAGGGUUGAUAAGCUGCUCGAGUGGUGGAAUAGGAAGAUUUUUGGACGGAGCCAACGUAACGACAUCAGCGAUGCGGCAAAGGCCAGCCUGUCCGUCAAUGCUCUUGCAAAGCAGAGGGCACAGCGCGAUGAUGCGGCUUUUGACUCGGCCUAG